CAAAGGCAGAGGCUUUAACCCACUGAGCCACCCAGGUACCCCUCAAAUAAAUUAAUUUUAAAGGAUCAUUAGCUUUAUUAUAUAAUUCAUGAAUUAGGCAAUAUCUUAUCUAGCAAACAGAAAGGGGCUCUAUUGAGCUGUGGGAAGGGAAAUGUUUUUAAAGGAAGAGGGGAAGAGAAAAAGAAAGAAAUCAUUGACAGUUCCUUUCCCACUGGGAGGGCACCUGCUUUGCAUCAGGGCAAACUUCAACUGAACUGGAAAACACACAUACAGUAAGAAGAACACAUUGAUGACUCAGGCUAGGUGACAGCUGAAUGAAGACCAGCUGUGGGUGUUCAAAUGUCUCUCAAAGGAGGUGAUGUGAGUCCUCUGAGGGCAAAAACAAUUUUUCCAGGAUAAUGGGCCUGACAAGUCAGACAUUGCUGGUAGACUUCCACAAUUUUAUAGAAGUCUUCCCUCCAAUAUGUAUCGAUAGUUUGAGUCAUCUUAAAUAUACUAUAAUGGGUGAAGAAAUAAAACAACAACAACAAAAAAUGUAUUUGCUAGUGAGUCAGGAAGAAUCCGGCCGCUGUCUUGUGUUCCAUAAAUCCCUGACUGUUCAUUCAACUUACAACCAUUGGUUACCCAUGUUAUAUUUCUCUGGUUUGGAAGCAGAGGGUUGCCAUGUUACCCUGGCAUUAGAAUGGGCAAAAAUCUCACAACGAGCAAACAUUUUUGCAGAGAGGCAGAAUGGACGUUGUCCACAUGUGUCACGUUCUUUAUAGAUUCUUUUGUUGGCUGCCUUUGCAUAUGAAAGUCAGCUGGAGGCAGUUUCCUUGUACUCUGUUUCAGUCCUGUUAGUGGGAGCCUCAGUUUUGAUGACUGCAAUUUCAGAAGGAUACUUGCUUGGGGAGAGGAAGCAUGCAAUGAGCAGGAGGACCCUAGGCUCCCCUCAUCCCAUGAACCCAAUGAGAUAACUAUCAAGUCAUCCUGAAUAUCCCAGGAAUUGACCUGAAGACGGUCAACUAAAGGGAGAGAAGAGGCCGCACUGAAGAAGAGAAUCCUGGGCAUUGAACACGUUUUGCAUGGUCUCAGAGGGAAUGGUCUCUUCUUCAGGGCUGGACUCUUCCCCAGGGAGGGGUAACUUCCAGGAAGACCACUGAUACCUUCUUGAUAGUAGUCACACAAUGCUUCCCGGAGCAGGUCAUGAAAUCUAUCUGAUGCAUUAUAACAAGAGUUCAAAAUAAAAUUUACCCAAUGCAAUAGAAUCCAAGCUCAGAGAAGAUUAAUCAAGAAAAGGCAUGCAGAACAUCCUGCCCACACAGACUCACAGACAAAAUCUUCAUACACUGCAGUAAGAGGUGGAGGGAAUAAGAAGAACCAGAGAAAAGCCUUCCUCAGAGGCCCUAAGACGAGAGAGAAUCUACCAAGCAGUUGCUGGCAGGCCUCCCCAGGCUUUCACUUGGAUCUAAGCAUGAAGCCCUCCCUGAAGUCCUGUGAGGUCACUCCAUUGCUCAGUGAUGUGAUACAGCCCACCCACUCUCUUCACACCCCAUUACUUGCAUCCUCCACCUCUGAUAAGCCAUACAAUAUGGGCUGGAAUGUCCUACCUAAGGAGGUUGCCAUAAAUGUGGAAAAGGCCUUGGGAGGAGGGAAGUUGCUGGAGGUAGCCUCUGUGGUCAAGGAGACCCUGAAGACAGCAUCCAGUGCCCCAGUGAACAUUGCAGUGACUGGGAACUCUGGCAAUGGCAUGUCCUCCUUCAUUAAUGCACUGCGGGGAAUUGGGCAGGAGGAGGAGGACUCAGCUCCCACUGGGGUGGUGAGGACCACCCAGACUCCCACUCGUUACUUUUCCUCCCACUUUCCCAAUGUGGUGUGGUGGGACCUACCCGGAAUAGGGGCAGAUACCCAAUGCCUGGGGAACUAUCUGCAGGAGAUACAGUUUAGUCUGUAUGACCUUGUCAUCAUCAUUGCAUCAGAACAGUUCAGCAUGAAUCUCGUGAAGCUUGCAAAAGUCAUCCAGGUCCUGGGAAAGAAGUUCUAUAUCGUCUGGACCAAGCUGGACAGGGACAUCAACACAAGUGCCCACUUGAAGGAACGACUCAUGAAGAAUAUUCAGGAGAAUAUCCAGGAAAAUCUCCAAAAAGAGGGAGUGUGUAAACCCAACAUAUUCCUGGUCUCUAGCUUUGACCCCUUAUUGCAUGACUUCCCUAAGCUUAGGAGCACCUUGCACAGGGACAUUUCUGACACCAGGUACCAUGGUCCUCUAGAAAAUCUCUCCCACACUUAUAAGAAGGCCAUUAAUGACAAAGUGAUCACUUGCAGGAAGAAAAUAGCCUCAAAGUCUUUUGACACCCUUGGUAUCUGGAAUGCAGAUGAUCUGGAGCACAGUCUGAUGGCCUACCACUUGCUCUUUGGUAUAGAUGAUGAAUCCCUCCAGCAGCUGGCUCAGAGUAUGGGGAAGUCCAUAGAGGAGUACAGGGCCCUUAUGAGGUCUCAAGAUCUAAAUACUGUCCUAAGAGGGGACUGGCUAUUUUCUUGCAUGAAUUGUAAUGUAGUCUCUUGCCUAUGUUUAAUUCUGAGAUGUAUCCCACUGUUAGGUGUCUUUGUUUUCAACUCCCUUAGAGAGUGGAAACACAGAUGCCUCCUUGAAAUAGUUGCCAAUGACACCAAGGACAUCCUGAAGAAAAUCCUGACAGACUCCAUCAUCUGAAGAAGUGAUGUCUCAGCAACCUCCUUCUGAAGGGAAGUCAGGACAUCUGGGGUCCUAUUGUCACACUGUCUCCUUUCUGAAUUCUCAGUCAAGCUCAGUUACUUUCACUUUCAUUGAUUGUAAGUUCCUUGAGGUAUAUGAGAUGACUUGCUCAUUUUGAACUCAUGUCAGGAAAUUCCCAAAUAUGUUGUACUUUUGUCUUUUAUUAAAUGAGAGGUGGAAGAAAAUAUCUGCUCAAUGUGACAUAGAGUCAUUCUGACAUCCAUUUCUCACUUAACCUUAGCAUCAUUUCUCUGAUGUCCAUGUUCUUUCACUUCUCAUCUCACACUCUGUAAUCUCACACAAUCUUGACCUCCCUAUAUGUCAGUGGUAGACACUUUAAAAUGACCUCUAACAUUUCCUCCUAUUUUCAUGUCUGUGUUUAAACCCUUUCCCUGGAGUGACUAAUAGAAUAUGGCAGCAAUAAAUGAAUGUCCAAAAAUUCCAGAACUUUGUUAUGAAAAGUGCAUCUCUGUCUUAUAAACACUCUGUUCACUGGCGCUGCCUUGCUCCUGUUCCAGCUCUGUUUUCCUCUCUCU